GAAAAACAACGGGUAAAAGUAAAAGAAAAGAUUGACAAAUUUAUUAAAGAAAAAUUGUUGGACUUCUGUGAUGUGCUUGACAUUCCAGUUUCCAAGGCCACUACAAGGAAGGAAGAGCUGUCAGCAAAGUUAUUGGAAUUUUUGGAAUCUCCGCAUGCUACUACAGAAGUCUCGCUUGCAGAGAAGGAAGAGAAAGGUAAAAAACGAAAGAGGAAGGCGACUGCUGGUACAAAAGUGACAUCUGGCAAAGCAUCUGGACAUGGAUCAAACAAGAAAUGGAAACAGAGCCCUGAAAUUACAAAUAAAGAAAAGAAUAUCUCCAAAGAUGAGGAUGAAGAUGAAACUGGUUCUGCUGGCACUGGAGGUGAUCCUGAUGAAAGUGAUGACAGUGAUAGGGUUCAGAAGGAAGACAGUAGCGAUGAGGGUGAAAGUGAAUCAGAGAAUGCUGAAGACCAAGCAGAUGAGCACAUGGAAAGCAUAAAAGGCUCUAAUAAGAACAUCAAGGGCUCUGAGGCCAAGGGCAAGACCAAGACAAAAGCUGCUCCUGUCAAAGUGGGAACAUCAACAAAAUCAUUAAAAGCCCCUGCAAAAUCUAUAAAAGGCUCUUCAACAUCUGCUUUAAAAAAAGGUGGUGCUGCUGCUGAUAGAGUUUCUGCUUCACCUACUAAAUCCAAGGCAUCAAGAAAUAAAAAAGGGUCAGAGGAUGACAAGAGAAGUGCAAAGCAUACGAAGACAUCCGGGAAAGACAAAUCAAUAAGCAAAAAACAGCCAAGCAAGUCUGGGGCAAAGGUUUCUGUGAAGGAACAAGCUGGUAAGGCUAGCAAGAAGGCGAAGGCAAAGGCUGAGCCAAGCAGAGAAGAGAUGCAUGCUGUAGUCACUGAUAUCAUGAAGGAAGUGGACUUCAAUACAGCAACCUUGUCAGAUAUUAUCAGGCAACUAGGAACCCACUUUGGUAUGGAUCUAAUGCACAGGAAGGCAGAAGUGAAGGGUAUAAUUGAAGAAGUUAUAAAUGACAUGACCGAUGAGGAAGAUGGUGAGGAGGAUGAGAAUUCUGAACAAGCUGGGGAUGAAGCUGCUGAUGAUAAGGUAGACGAAGAUAAUGAUGACUAGCUCAUUCAAAUUAGAGGGACCUCGGCGAGUAUGUACAAAUCUCAUCGGGCAGUCCCCGAGCUUUAGAAUUCUAACUGGACCUUUGUGGCUCAUUUGAGGUAACUUAGGUGAUAGGUGAUAGGUGAUAAAUGAUAGAUGAUAGAUCUGCGCAGCGGUUCUGGGAAGGAGGGCUGGGGGUGGGGAGUUGUUUAACAUUAGUUUUCAUAAAUCAUAAAUCUUAAGCCAUUUCAUCUGGAUGCAGUUUCGGCUUGUGUACAAUAGACCUGUAUUUAUGUUAUUCUAAUACUUUAUUUGUGGCCUUUAAGAAAUUUGUUCGCUUGAA